CUCUUCUUCUUCUUCUUCUUUGUUCUGUCACCCAAAUCUCUCUCUUUCUCUGAAACAGGAACAGAAGACCAAAAUUUAUCUUUCUGAGCUCGAUUUUCCCUCUUUAAUGGUUUCCACUGUUUCGAAAACUUAAAAUCUGACGUUUCUUUGGGGUUAAAUGAUUGAUUGAGAGCCGAAAGAGAAGAGGCAAAACGAGAAGCUGUUUCUGGUUUUUGAUGACUAUGGAUUGUUCUUGAGUCGGCACAAAAAAUGUGCGGUGGUUUUGGGAUUUGAGGCCAUUAGAGCUUGGAUUUUUCUUCUUCAGAGUUUCGGAUUCAACCGGUUGACCCGCUUCUUGUUCGGAUCUCACGGCGAUCGUCGGAUUUUCGAAGGUCCGUCGCUCCUUUGUCUGAUUUAGGGUUUGAUUAUUUCGUCUUUCUGGUAGGAAUUGCGUUGAUUUUGCUGAAAUUGGAUCGGGUAGAUAUAUAGAUAAGAUAAGAGUGUAAAUACUAAAUAUACAAGAGUUGAAAAGUGGAUUGAAUUUAGUUUGAUAGUAAUGGUGACUGCGAAUGACCCAAUCGAGUCGAUUCUGAAUUCUUUUCAAGUCGUGAAAGAAGCUCUUUCGCCCCUUGAAUUGAGCUUGCAGAAGGCGGCGAAGGACUUCGAGGACCGUUGGUCUGGGCCUAGGAAUAAGGGAAACACUGUUGGAUUGGCUAGUGAAUUUGGCGGAGGAGAUAAGAAUGGUAAAGUUCAGAUCGGUGGUUCGAAGAAGAAAAGUGGACAGUGUGUCUCAGUUGGUGGUGAGGAGAGAAAGAAAGGAUUAUAUAUUAAGGUCCCGAUAAAGGUUUUGUUUGGGAAGUUUUUGCCGAAUUCCGGAGAUGGAAACCAAGUGGAAGUGCAGAAAAAGGGAGCGAAAGGGACGGAUUUGGAUUUGGAUUUGGCAAAGGAGGAUGGGUCUUGUGUGAAUUGCUUGCAGUUUAAUUUGGCUUGGUCCUUGCUCGUUAACUGUGUUGUUCAGGCAUUACCAGGCCCGUUCAAAGCGGGUAAGAGGCGGUUGCAGAAGGCGAGGGACGAUGAGGAAUUGUGUAAGUGUAACAAGCAGAAGGUUUCUGGUGAAUUGAAGCAAAGGUCGUCUAAGGGUCACCAUAUCAAGACAACACAAAAUGAGGGUGCGACACAUAAAGAAGCAAAAUAUGAACCGUUUGAAUGCUUUAUAGGUUUUGUCUUCGAUAAACUAAAUCAUAAUCUUCAGAAGUUUGAUAAGGGUGUGCGAGAAGAUGGUAAUAAGGAUUGUGAAACUCCCGUGCAGACGUCUUUAACAUCCCAAUUUGAUCAGUUAAAAGGUAUUCUGGAUGGUCGCAAAGCAGACGUAAAUGAUUUUUUGGGAAAUCUGAUGUUUGCAAAAGUUGGGGGUGUUCCUUCUGGUGUUGUUGGGGUUACUUCUUCGGUUAAUGAAGAGGGUGCUGUUGGUGCUAAUGAUGGGAAUAGUGAAGAAACUGGGGGUAUUUCACCACAGAAGCUGGCCAGUGGCAUAUUUAGUAUUCCACUAUCUAAUGUGGAGCGGUUGAGGUCCACGUUAUCUACUGUUUCGUUGACAGAACUAAUUGAGCUUGUACCGCAUCUAGGACGACCUUCUAAGGAUUAUCCUGACAAGAAGAAGCUGAUCUCUGUCCAAGAUUUCUUUAGAUACACGCAGUCUGAAGGAAGGAGAUUCUUUGAAGAACUGGAUAGAGAUGGUGAUGGCCAAGUAACUUUAGAAGAUCUUGAAGUUGCAAUGAGAAAGAGGAAAUUGCCACGGAGAUAUGCUCAUGAGUUCAUGCGCCGUACUAGGAGCCACAUAUUUUCAAAGUCGUUUGGCUGGAAACAAUUUUUAUCCUUGAUGGAGCAGAAGGAAUCAACCAUUCUUCGUGCAUAUACUUCUCUUUGCCUGAGCAAGUCUGGGACGCUGCAAAAGAGUGAAGUAUUGGCGUCACUUAAAAAUGCUGGACUUCCAGCUAAUGAAGACAAUGCUGUUGCUAUGAUGCGAUUUCUGAAUGCAGACUUGGAAGAAUCUAUUUCUUAUGGACAUUUUCGAAAUUUUAUGCUUUUACUCCCUUCUGAUCGAUUGCAAGAUGACCCCCGGAGUGUCUGGUUUGAAGCUGCAACUGUUGUUGCUGUUGCUCCUCCAAUGGAAAUACCUGCUGGAAGUGUACUGAAAUCUGCUUUGGCAGGGGGCCUUUCAUGUGCACUUUCUUGCGCUCUAAUGCAUCCUGUUGAUACCAUAAAGACUCGUGUGCAAGCGUCAACAAUGUCCUUCCCUGAAAUUAUUUCGAAGCUUCCACAAAUUGGAGUGCAGGGUGUAUAUAGGGGUUCAAUCCCUGCCAUUCUUGGUCAAUUUUCAAGCCAUGGCCUGCGAACUGGCAUAUUUGAAGCAAGUAAACUAGUUCUUAUAAAUGUUGCUCCAACACUACCAGAGCUCCAGGUUCAAUCUAUAGCAUCAUUUUGCAGCACGGUUUUGGGAACAGCGGUGAGGAUCCCGUGUGAGGUAUUAAAGCAGCGGUGUCAGGCUGGCAUUUUUAACAAUGUGGGAGAGGCUAUUGUCGGGACGUGGCACCAGGAUGGUCUUAGGGGCUUCUUUCGGGGGACUGGUGCAACUCUUUGUCGAGAAGUUCCUUUCUACGUUGCUGGCAUGGGGCUUUAUGCUGAAUCCAAGAAGCUUGCGCAACAUCUCCUGCGACGUGAACUGGAACCCUGGGAAACGAUUGUAGUUGGGGCUUUAUCUGGUGGACUAGCUGCUGUCACCACCACACCCUUUGAUGUGAUGAAGACUAGAAUGAUGACUGCACAAGGCCGGUCUGUCUCAAUGAGCAUGGUAGCCUUCUCCAUUCUCCGACAUGAAGGACCACUUGGGUUGUUUAAAGGCGCCGUACCAAGGUUCUUCUGGAUUGCUCCCUUGGGUGCGAUGAACUUUGCGGGCUACGAGCUUGCAAGAAAGGCCAUGGACAAAAAUGAAGAGAGGGUGGCUAGUGCUGGGUAAAGUUUUGUCAGUAUUUUAUUUUAUUUUUUGUGUAGUUAAGCACUGCUCUCUGCAGCUACUAUCUUGUUAUCUUUAUGAUGAUAACAAUUUAAUGCUGCCGGAAAGUUUUGAGCCUUUUCCGGAUUUGGUAGCAACCAUCUGUUAAAAACUAUAAUUUGUCGAUGUCUCCAGACGCUCUAAUUUUGUUACAAUAUCUUUUUCUGAACUCUUAUAACUGUCCCCGGUGGCCAUGAAAAUAUGUUUUGAAUUUUAUGUUGUAAUUUUGCUCGAUUCCUUGCGAAUCUGUACAGUAUAUGCAGCAGUCCUACGGCCUUCCCA